CCAUCCCAAUCGUAGCAUUUCUCAUUUUCCCCAUCAUGCUCACCACGAAACGACCCACGGAAACGACGGUUCUCUACACUGUAUCGACACAAUCUCCAAGCAAGACCAUAAUAUCACGCCUCGGAACCACGAUAUCCUUGUCACUCCGGAUCCUCGCUGGUCUUCUCAUUCUCGCCUCUCUCGUGCUCGAAUACGACCAAGCCUUGAACAAGCAAGCUGAGCAUCAGGAUGCUGGAAACUCAUUGGUGUCUCUCGUAGUUCACAGUCCACUCGGACAGGUCGCAAAAUAUCUCUUCUUCACUUCCCUAUCUGGCCCCUGGCGACUCGCGAUAUAUCUCAUUACAUUCUUGCUCAUCUUCCGAAGAGGGCAUACUGAGGAGUCGCUUUUGGUCAUUCGAGGUCUUGGAGUCCAAACUACGACCAGUAGUCCUAAUUACCUCUGGACCAACUCUACCAGGUUCAUCCCCACAAGCUUGAUUCAAGACAUUUUCAUCUACGAGGCAUUCAAAGGAUUUGAGGUCAGGUACUAUUUAAGCAUUGUUGUCGAGGGAGAGGAAGAUGUUGUUGUUGUUUUCCCGGUAUAUCCCGUAUCAAGUGAGGCGCGUACUGGAACUUUCUAACGGAGUCGAGCAGAGCAUUUUACCACGACGUGAAUUACUGGAACAAGUCUGGAGAGGAGCCAGGGCUUGCCUGUACGAACCAAAAUCUGG